AUGUCUAAAGAAAGAAUAAUUGCCAUGAUUUGUGCUAAUGCAUCGGGCACGGUAAAACGGAAAUUAUUGGUUAUUGGAAAAUAUAACAACCCCAGAUGCUUUAAAAACGUUAAAACGUUGCCGGUAGAUUAUUGUGCUAACAACAAAUCCUGGAUGACUUCUCAGACCUUUACUGACUAUUUAAAGAAAUGGGAUUGUGAACUUAUAAAAGCCAAGACUAAAAUUUUGCUAUUAGUAGAUAAUUGA